AUGGCAUCUCCGAUUACCUGUCACGUCCUCAAUACCCUCUCUGGUACACCCGCUGCGGGCCUCAAUGCCACUUUGACCUUGCUAUCGGCUUCAGACUCAAACUCUGUCGGCCAAUCUCCUGUGUCCUUUACUGCUUUAACAAAUGAGGACGGACGGGUCAAGGAUUGGACUUCGACUGCGGACAAAAGCCUGUUCGACACGCUGGAACAAUUCGCGACCGGCGAGCGCGUUCCUUGGAGUAUCAAGUUUGAAAUCGGAGAGUGGUAUGAUAGACAAGGCGUUGAGAGCUUCUGGCCAGAAGUCGAGGUCAAAUUCUACGUCAAGAAGGGAGAAAGACAUUACCAUGUCCCGGUCCUGGUUGGACCUUGGACGUAUACCACCUACAGAGGAUCUUGA